AUGGCGCAAAAGGCGAAGGAUGCGCAGGAAAAUGCUUAUUCCAUCUCUGAUGGAGUUGAGAGACAGCAAGUGCCCGGUGAAAGCACUGAUGAUAGAAAUAAAGCACUGAGACACCCUCGAUGGACUAGACAAGAAAUGUUUGUGUUAAUACAGGGGAAGAAGGUUAUCGAGAAUGGGGUAAAAGGGGAGGCUGAAUCAUUCUGGCCAAUGAGGAACGAUUUGAGGAAAGAGAGGAAACUGCUGGGGUUCUUCAAUAGGGAAGUCUAUGAUGCUUUGGAUGGAAAGACAUUCAAUGUGGCAGCAAUUCCUCUAACACUAGUUAAAGUAGUUGCGAAUGCGAAUAAUGAGAAUGAAAUAGAGAUUGUAGAAGAGGAGGAGGAGGAUGAGACUGAGACAACUUUUGAUAGCAGCCGAAAUGCUGCUAUAGAUGACAGUAUGUUUUCAAAUUUUGAACAUGCUGGGCAGGAGGACGUUGGUGGGAUCCCUGAGGAGGAAAACAUGGGAACAGAAAGUCCCACAAAGACAGACCCCACAUAG